AUGUCGACCCACAACUCCCAACCACCCAUCGAACUCAUUCACUACCCCGAGAGAAAUCAAUCUCUCUGGCCUGAGCCAUCCUCAUCUCCAGCGCCGGCGUCGACGCCAUGUCUGCUUCCUCGUCGAACUCGCUCCCCAUCCCACCCGACUGGCUUCUGCCGCUCUUGCAGUGUCCACUGUGUGACGACGAGAUCGAGUCCAAUGUUGCGAGGUCAGGCACUCAGGCUAGUAAUCGUUUCUACAAGUGCACCCGCUAUGAUGCUCGUCAGUGCCGUUUUUUUGAGUUCCAGCGUGCUUAUUGGAGGAGGAUGA